AUGGCGAACAGAGGCUACGAUGUCGUCGUGGACGUGGAUCAAGAGGGAGAAGACCUGGGAAGAACGGACCUGCAAGAAGACCUGGAGUUCCACUCAUCCAACUUCGACGAACCAACAUCGCGUCGAAAUAAGAUUGCCCCCGAUUCCACUCCGCUGACUGGUGGUCCGGCGAGCAAACCCAAGAGCUUCCUCUGGACACUGUCCUUCUACGCCCAGUUCUUCGACGUCGACACCAACGAGGUCCUAAAGCGCUGUUGGGCCACGCUCUAUCCCCGCGCCAAUUUCCUUGAUGUCCUCGAAGGCAACCCGGACCUCUACGGCCCCUUCUGGAUCGCCACCACCGUCGUCAUGAUCCUAUUCUUGACCGGCACCAUCUCGCGGUACAUCGCGCUCCGAGGGGACGGAAACAGAGUCCAGUAUGACUUCCGGUUGCUGAGCGGAGCGGCGGGAUUGAUCUACGGGUAUACGGGCGUCAUCCCGAUCGGGCUGUGGGGGACGCUCAAAUGGUUCGGCAGCGAGUCCGCCAACCUUCUGGAAUGCUGGGCGCUUUACGGAUAUGCGAACCUCAUUUGGAUUCCCGUGGCCGUUAUCUCGUGGUCGCCCAUCAGCAGUCUGAACUACAUCUUUGUUGCCAUCGGAUUUGCACUGUCGGUCUUCUUCAUCCUUCGAAAUUUAUACCCCGUUCUAUCCGCAACCGAUGUCCGCACCUCGAAGAUCCUCCUGAUUGUUGUGGCGGCGCUUCACGCUGGUCUCGCUAUUGCUAUCAAAGUCCUUUUCUUCGCUCACGGCAGCCCAUUGAGAAAGGAUGCGCCCAGUGGGGGCGAUGACACGGCGCCGGAAGAUGCUGUGCGGAUGCUCUUCGGUUGAUCGAUGUCCGCUAUUGCGCAGAUAGAUUCUAGCAUACGCCGCCGAGUGUAGGAUUAAUAUGGUACCGUCUUAACUUUCUGUGUAAUAGCCUCAUGAGAAUUUAGCGCGCUCCAUGGACAACGCAAACACCUUCUAAUAAUGAUGAAAAUAUG